AUGGCGUCCAUACUUGCAGAAGCUGUUGUUGGAAAAGUUUGUGAGAUGGCCGUUCAACAAGUGGCUAAUGAGGUGAGCAUAGUCUUCAACUUCAGGGAAGACUUUGAAUGGUUGAUGAGCAAAAUAAAGCAAGUAAACUAUUUUCUAAAUGAAGCUGAUGAGAGGAGCAGUAGACAAAAAAAGGAGUCUAUGAAAGAAUGGCUUCAGAGCGUUCGAGACAUUGCCUGGGAGGCAGAGGACAUACUUCAAAUAUGUGCUGUAGAUUCUAUGUAUGCUGCUAAUCCUCAGUUUUGUAGUUUGAGCUGUAAUCAAUUGAUUACUCGCUAUCAAAUGGGAAGAAGAAUUCGAAAGAUCAAAGCCCGGUUCAGCUCCGUUACUGCAGAUAUCCAAUUGAUUACAACACCUCAUACUGCAGUCUCUCACAGAGAAGAAGCAGAAUCAUCCCUGCGACGACAGCUUAAGAGACUACCUCUCCUGCCCAGCGAUUCCAAACCAGUGGGGAUACAGUCCAAGAUUGAAAGCAUGGUGAAUUUGCUAGAAAACCCCCAAUUUCCAAUCAUUGCAGUGGUUGGAAUGGGGGGGAUAGGCAAAACCUAUCUUCUUCAGCAUGUCUUCGAUGCCCAAAAGGGAAGGUAUGAGAAAUCUGCAUGGCUUUCAGUUUCUCAGUUCUAUUCUCUUUCCAAGUUGCUCAGUGAUUUAGCCUUUCAAAUACAUGAAGAUUUAAGUAGGAGAAUUAAGGAGAGUGGAGUAAGUGAAGAGGUAGCAGCAGUGGAGAUUCAUAGCUUUAUCCAGGGGAAGAGAUGUCUUAUUGUUUUAGAUGAUGUGUGGAGAGCUACUAGAGAAGGUGAUUUGCUAACUAGACUUGGUAUCCCAACUGGAGCCAACAGUCAAUGCAAAAUUUUAGUUAGCACAAGAAGCAGAGAGGUUUGCAUAAAUCUUCAUUCUGAGAUUUAUGAGAUGGAAAGCUUGACAGAUGAAGAAAGCUGGAAGCUGUUUUGCGCUUAUGCAUUUCCCGAGUCUCAGGGAAAUAGUCUGCCAGAGUACCUGAAGGAGGUAGCUGCGAACAUCGUGAAGGAAUGUGGGAAUUUGCCACUUGCCAUCAAGACCACUGCAGCAUCUCUGGCGAACACUACACGGCCAGGGAAGUGGCAGUCCAAGUUUGAUAAGCUAAAAAAGGUAAGCAAUCCUAAAGACCCUGUCAUGGAUAUUCUCAGGUUGAGUUAUGACUCGCUGCCUGCACAUCUCAAGGCUUGUUUUGCUUAUCUUUCUUUCUUUCCGGAGGAUGAAAAAAUAGACUGUGACUAUCUCACAUAUCUGUGGAUGGGAGAAGGAUUUAUCCCGGCAGCAGAGAAUCCGUGGGAUUGUCUAGAUCAGCUUUCCAAUCUCUGUCUAGUUGAAGUAUGCGAAGAUUAUGAAUGUGAUCUGAAGAAAUAUUGCAAAAUUCAUGACUUAUUGCUGGAUUUGGCCAUACUCAUAUCCAGCGAAAAUAAAUAUGCUUUCAGUGCUGAGGAUGCCUUCUGCGAAUUGCGCUCUGUGAAUAAUAGAGGUGGUGGUCGCUGGUGUCGCUUAUUUUUGGCGAAGAAAGAUAUUGAUGAGCGUGCCAUUUCAGAGGGGCGUCCUGUUUCUCCCACACUUGUCCGCACACUGUCGCUCUCCGGCAAUACCGAAAUUGGAGGAAACAUUCCGGCAAUGUUUUUCAGGGGUAUGAGAGUUCUGCGGGUUCUGGAUUUACACAAAUAUCUCCACAUUGCCUGCUUGCGUUGGAAAGAUGAAACUUCUUAG